AUGAAUAUUAAGGAUUAUUUUGAAAGGAUUUGUUACAAAGGUUCCCCGGAAAAAAUAGACUUAGGUGCCUUAACCGAGGUUUUUCAACAUCACAUCCGCGCGGUGCCCUUUGAAAACCUCAGUCUCCACUGUGGAGAAACCAUUCAGUUGGAUUUAGAAUCGGUUUAUGACAAAAUUGUGAAGCACAACCGCGGUGGAUGGUGCAUGGAGAACAACCAACUUCUGUUUUGGGCCUUCCAGACUAUGGGCUACAAAGUGAGUCUUUUAGGUGCCCAUGUUUACGACCCGGAGCGAAAAGCCUACAAAAAAGAUUUCACUCAUCUUCUGAUCAAAGUCGUUCUCGAAGGUAAAACCUACAUUGUGGAUGGUGGUUUUGGAGUUGCUUAUCAGAUGUGGCAACCCAUGGAGCUGAUUUCUGAGAAGAACCAACCUCAGACGCCAGGAAUCUUCUGCUUCACGGAGAAGAAGGGAGUGUGGUACCUUCACAAACUGAAGCGCAAGAAAUUCGGGAUGGAUUCCGAGAACAAAAUUCUCUGUUCUGAUCCUGUAAAAAACGUGAGCUGUAAGAACAUUUACUUGUUUACCUUGCAACCAAGGACAAUAGAUGACUUCCGGCCGGUCUGUUUACAACUCCAAACAGACCCAAGUUCUAUGUUUUUAAGGAAGUCCAUCUGUAGCCUCCAGACUACUGACGGAUUUCUAGUUUUGAUUGGGUGGGUGCUGAUUGAAACCAAGUAUAAUUAUAAGGAUGACAUGGAUCUAGUAGUAAGCACUGUCCUGACGGAUGAAGAAGUGCAGAAGAUAUUGAAGGAGCGAUUCAAGAUCCAGCUAGGCAAAAAGUUUGUCCCUCUUAACACCUGUUCAGUAGCCGUGUUUUAA